AUGAGGAUCGCACUUCUUGGCGUCGCCCUCCUUUGUGGAUUCCUGUUAGUGCAGGCCCGACCCCCGAAGGGAAAGAAAGGAGGAGAACGUGAUGAUUUGGAAAUCGAUCUUCUUGAGCGUAUGCUGGAUGAAAUAGAAGGUGGAGAUAAGAUACAACAACAAGGUACCGACGAUCAGGAAAGAAAACAAAGAAGACCACCUCCCAGACGUGACGAAGAUGAUGACGAGGAUGGAAAACGCCGCAGACCACCACCAAAACGUGACGGUGAUGAUGACAAAGAUGGUGACCGCAGACGACCCCCAAAGAAGGAAGAAGAACGCGAAAAUGAAGAAGGUGGACGCCGACGAAGACCUCCUCCAAGAGAUGAAAGGGAGAAUGAAGAAAAGGGUGACCGCCGCAGACCACCACCCAGGCGUGACGGUGAUGAUGACAAAGAUGGUGACCGCCGCAGACCACCACCAAAACGUGACGGUGAUGAUGACAAAGAUGGUGACCGCAGACGACCCCCAAAGAAUGAAGAAGAACGCGAAAAUGAAGAAGGUGGACGCCGACGAAGACCUCCUCCAAGAGAUGAACGGGAGAAUGAAGAAAAGGGUGACCGCCGCAGACCACCACCCAGGCGUGACGAAGAUGAUGACAAAGAUGGUGACCGCCGCAUACCACCACCAAAACGUGACGGUGAUGAUGACAAAGAUGGUGACCGCAGACGACCCCCAAAGAAGGAAGAAGAACGCGAAAAUGAAGAAGGUGGACGCCGACGAAGACCUCCUCCAAGAGAUGAACGGGAGAAUGAAGAAAAAGGUGACCGCCGAAGACCACCACCAACACGUGACGGUGACGAUGACAAAGAUGGUGACCGCAGACGACCCCCCAAAAAGGAAGAACGCGAAAAUGAAGAGAGUGGACGCCGACGAAGACCUCCUCCAAGAGAUGAACGGGAGAAUGAAGAAAAGGGUGACCGCCGCAGACCACCACCCAAACGUGAUGGGGAUGAUGACAAAGAUGGUGACCGCCGCAGACCACCUCCAACACGUGACGGUGAUGAUGACAAAGAUGGUGACCGCAAAAGACCCCCAAAGAAGGAAGAAGAACGCGAAAAUGAAGAAGGUGGACGCCGACGAAGACCUCCUCCAAGAGAUGAAAGGGAGAAUGAAGAAAAGGGUGACCGCCGCAGACCACCUCCCAGACGUGACGAAGAUGAUGACAAAGAUGGUGACCGCCGCAGACCACCACCAAAACGUGCCGGUGAUGAUGACAAAGAUGGUGACCGCAAACGACCCCCAAAGAAGGAAGAAGAACGCGAAAAUGAAGAAGGUGGACGCCGACGAAGACCUCCUCCAAGAGAUGAAAGGGAGAAUGAAGAAAAGGGUGACCGCCGAAGACCACCACCCAGGCGUGACGGUGAUGAUGACAAAGAUGGUGACCGCCGCAGACCACCACCAAAACGUGACGGUGAUGAUGACAAAGAUGGUGACCGCAGACGACCCCCAAAGAAUGAAGAAGAACGCGAAAAUGAAGGUGGACGCCGACGAAGACCUCCUCCAAGAGAUGAAAGGGAGAAUGAAGAAAAGGGUGACCGCCGAAAACCACCACCCAGGCGCGACGGUGACGAUGACAAAGAUGGUGACCGCAGACGACCCCCAAAAAAGGAGGAACGUGAAAAUGAAGAGGGUGGACGCCGCCGAAGACCUCCUCCAAGAGAAGAACGGGAGAAUGAAGAAAAUGGUGACCGCCGAAGACCACCACCCAGAUGUGACGGUGACGAUGAGGAAGGUGACCGCAGACGACCCCCAAAAAAGGAAGAAAAGGAUCGUCGCCCAAAGCCAACAUCCCUUCCUGAAUAAUGGCAGACGAUGACUGCCACCCAAGAAGAAUCGAGACCAAUGAA